GAGCUGUCAGCUGAAGCAGGAACCCUCCUCUGCCGAGCACCAGCCAGCUCGACAGAGACACCCGGAAGGCACUAAAGUCAGUUUGAGAGGGCAACAUGAAUCGCUUUAAGACCUCCAAAUUCAAAAACACCACUCCGAAAAUUGCCAAGAAAGAUGAGUGGAUCAACAAUGUCCGAGCUGGCUCAUUCUCCUGCCAAGGGAACCACAUCAAAGCAAGCUCCAAGCUGGUGGCUUUCAAUUCUGAGCAGGCUGGUGGAGGCAUGCUGGGCCUGUCUUCAGUCAAACCUGGCUCAGAUGGCCAGUGGGCUGUCACCCAGAUUUCCUGCCAUUCUGAUCUCGUGACUGACAUGGACUUCUCUCCUUUCGAUGAGAGUCUCCUGGCGACAUGCUCAGGAGAUGAAACGGUGAAACUGUGGCGUUUGCGUGAUCCAGAGCAGGAGCAGCCCAGCAGCCCGGAGCUGACCCUGCGUCCAGGUCAGGGCAGGCUGGAGUUGGUGCACUUCCACCCGACCUCCUCUGGCUUGCUGGCUGUUGGCACCACUAAGUCUGCUCAGGUUUGGGACACCAGCUGCCAGGAAGCACCGCUAGCAGUCCUAGAGCAGCACGGUGACCAGGUGCAGAGUCUGAGCUGGAAACUGGACGGAUCCCUGUUGGCUUCCUCUUGCAAGGAUAAGAUGCUGCGAGUGUUUGAUCCCAGAGCCCAGCUGACACCUGUUCAGAGUGCCAAGAGCCUUCAGAGCAACAAGGAUUCACGGAUCCUGUGGACCAAAGAUGAUCUUUUACUGACGACUGGCUUUGAUAUGAUGCGUAGUCGUGAGGCGCGACUGUGGGACAGCAGGAAGCUGAGCUCUUCACUCAGCUCAGUUUCACUCGGCACUUCCACAGGGACACUGAUCCCACUAUUUGACAAGGACACUGGUCUGCUUCUGCUGGCUGGCAUGGGAAACACUGGGAUCGAUUGCUUUGAAGUCUCUUCCUCUGAGCCUUUCCUCUCUCAAGUCAGCCACUGUCUGACCGAUACCUCAACAAGAGGGGUUGCCUUGGUGCCCAAGCUUGCCUUGGAUGUAAUGUCCUGUGAAGUCGUGCGUGUGCUUCAGCUGACAGACAGCUGCAUCGUGCCAAUCAGCUAUCAGGUCCCUCGUAAGAAUUCAGGUCAGGAGUUUCACGAAGACCUUUACCCAGACACGGUGGGCACCACACCAGCCAUGUCUGCUGAGGAGUGGUGGAAGGGCGGGAACAAGCAGGUGGAGAAAGUCAGCCUGCACCCAGACAAACGACCCAAACAAAAGGCUUCACCAGCAAAACAGACGCCUGCAAAGAAGGAACUGGCCAGUGGAGGGAGCAAGGAGGAUCAAGCUCGUGGCUGUUCUACCUCCAGCAGUCCUCUAAGCACUCCCAGCAGCAGCGCUGCACCGUCCCGCUCUCCCUCCUCCACCUCCGGCCUCUCCUCAGGAUUCGUGCCCAGCCCGAGUCCCAGCCAGAGUGGGAAAGCUUUCCAAAACCUUCUAGGGCCAACUUCCAAGUUCCGUCAUAUCCAGGGUACAGUGAUGCACCGGGACACACACAUCACAAACAUUCGCAGCCUCAACCUGACUACACCCGGCGAGUGCGAUGGCUUCUGUGUCAACCGCCAACGUGUGGCAGUGCCCCUCGCCAUCUCCGGAGGCCAGAUUGCUGUAUUUGAGCGCUCUCAGCCUGGCAAACUUCCAGACACAGCCCUGCCCACCAUCCAAAACUCUGUUAAUGUGGCUGACUUUGCUUGGGAUCCCUUUGACCCACACAAACUUGCUGUCGCUGGUGAUGAUGCUAAGAUCCGGGUUUGGCGAGUACCAGAAGGCGGGUUGAAAGAGACCCUAACUGAGCCUGAGAUUAUCAUGCAAGGCCACACAGAGAAGAUCUACUCCAUCAAGUUCCACCCUCUGGCCAGUGGACUCCUGGUUUCUUCAUCAUAUGAUCUCACAGUCAGACUGUGGAACCUAGAGACCGGAGAACAAGUCAAACUUUUCACUGGACACCAGGAGCAGGUGUUUGGCAUGGCAUGGAGCCCGGAUGGGAAGCUCUUGGCUACAGUUUGCAAGGAUGGGAAAGUUCGUAUUUAUGACCCUCGCAAAUCCACUACACCUGUGCAGGAGGGCCCAGGUCCUGAGGGCCACAGGGGAGCUCGUGUGGUGUGGGUGUGUGAUGGCAAGUACCUGCUGGUGUCUGGAUUUGACAGUCGCAGCGAGAGAGGACUCUACUUGUACUCUGCUGAUUGCCUCUCCGCUGGGGUCAUAACCAGCACUCCUGUAAACGUCUCACCGUCCACGCUGAUCCCGUUUUACGACCCGGACACCAGUGUCGUCAUCCUUACUGGAAAAGGUGACACCAGAGUGUACAUUUAUGAGAUCCUUCCUGAAGAUCCAUACUUUAUUGAGUGCAGCAGUUUUAAUUCUCCUGAGCCUCAUAAGGGGUUGGCCUUUCUGCCUAAGACUGAGUGCAAUGUGCGCGAUGUGGAGAUAGCUGUAGGACUGAUGCUUACCAAGACGACCAUAGAGCCAGUGGGCUUCAAAGUGCCGCGGGUCAAGAAAGAGUUUUUCCAGGAUGACGUGUACUCAGACACAGCAGUGUGGUGGGAACCAGCACUUACGGCCUCUGCCUGGCUCUCCGGCUCCAACGGCCAACACAAAAAGAUCAGCCUGAAGCCUAAAGACAUGACGCCAGUGAGUGAGGCCCCCAAAGAGGCUCCAGUGAGGAAAUACCUGCCCUCAUCUGUUUACCUGGAGGAAAAGACUGAUGAACAGAAGAAAGAGGAGCUUCUGAGUGCCAUGGUGGCUAAGCUGGGGAAUAUGGAUGACCCACUACCACAAGAGUCCUUCCAGGGAGUUGAUGAAGAUGAGUGGGAUGACUAAUCGGGAUGUGCCUUUGGUUCGGUCAUGGUGCCAACAGCAGACAGGAGAACAGCUCCAGUGUUAUAUCGGCAAACAUCUCAUCCUACUGAGCACACAAAGAUUACUGCACAAUAACUACACCUUUUUGGGGGGGGAAGAAAAUCACAAUCUUCUGGUUUCCGUGCUGUAUGUAUGAUGUUGGUGUUGAUUAUAUCAUCAAAUUUGACUCCUUGAAAAUCCCCAAAUAUUACAUCAUUCUGGUCUAAAACGUUUUUUUUUUAAUAUAUAUAAAUGUAGACAAAGAAAUUCUAUCACUCCUUUUGCUAUAUUAAUGGAAGAACUCACCGUUCAGCACAACAAUAUUUAUCAGCAUAUACAGUGAAGUCAUCUCAAUCUUACAGUAUUUCUCAUAAUCCAUGAUUAGGGCAAAGUCAGUGAAAUAGCAGGCAAUCAUAGCAAUAAUAUUAAUGCUUUAUGAUACGUUACCGGUUAACUUUGAGUGCUCAAAACGAGGCCUAACCGUGGUUUACGCUCACAGCAAACGACUUUUUAAAAUCACGGACACGCACUUAACCCUUUCCUCUGUGUUUUCUCUCUCUGUGUGAUCGCGCCUUGAUUACGUGAUCCACGCUGGCAGUAUCCUGAUGAACAAAACAAAUUUUAAAAAAAGCUUUGUUUAAGUUUUAAUGUCAGAACGCAUCCUGUAUCUCCACAGUGAACCACUGCUUGUAUUUUUUACUGGCCAGUCAUGGGGAAGCACGCUCAUCCCCAGAAUAUCUUUGAAAAAUGUAACAUGGCAAAAAAAUGUUUGUUUAUUUUUACAUCUUGCAGCUGAUAAAACCACUUGUCUUCCUGUUUAGUUGGAUAAAAUACACACACACACACACACACACACACACACACACACACACACACACACGCACACACACACACGCACAAGGUAGGCAGCAAAAAUCCACACUGAGGAUACAACAGGGUCACCAGUUUUCAUGUUUGGCCAUGAACUGGAGUUUCUAUUUACAGCAAUAUUAAGUUAUCUUCUUUUUAUUUGCUGAUGUUGGACUCAGAAGCCAUUUAACCAUAAGUACGAGCCCGGCUGAUAUGAUUGAAUUGUCUGCCAGUAACAGUCUCAUAAUUAGCGAUCAGAGGGGAAUAAAAAUAAAUCACUUCCUUUUGAGUUUUUAGAGGGGACUUUGGGAUGAUUGUUUGUUUCUUGUUGUUUAUCGGGAAGAGGAACUUUUAAUUUAGACUCUUUCUGACCGUUUCGGGAAUCUUCCUCAUUAAAAGAGCUAAUUUUAGGAUCUCAUUUUAACUACUACUAACGAUUCAUCAUGUUAAUUAGACAGCAGUACAGUAUUAAUCAUUUGCAAUGCAGCCGUAACAGCCAUCAUGUAGCCUCUUUGUAGAGCUACAGCAGUAUCAUCUGUAAUCACGGUGUUGUGCCAAAAAGUGAUCGUCUGCCAAAUGAUGUUUCUGUGUUUGUUGCGUGUUGUGCCUUUGCCUCUAUCGGUAAAUAGACUGUAGUCAACAGGAUUUAUGAAGGCUUCACAUAUAAAUUUAAGAAAUUUACAAGUAUCUUUAGGAUGGUGUGUUAUUGUAGCCACAUUAUAAUUAACCCAGCACUUUUUGGCCACUUGAAAUAUCUUGAUAUCUUUAUAAAACUGUAAUUUUCUGCUGCCCUCUUGGCUGGAUAUCUCUGAAAAAAGACAUUUUAAUAUCAAUGACCAUUUUUACCCUCAUAAAUAAAGGAUAUAUAAAAGUCGCUUUGCCGAAAGUUGAUUGCAGCUUCUGCCUUGUGACAGGAAUGUUGUUUCUUGCUCAAAAUGAUUUUAUAUCAUUCAUGAGAGAUAUGUUUGACAGAUUAUAGGCCCAAAAAACUCAUUUAAAUACAGCCAAUCAUUCCUUGGCAAAUACCAGAAAUCACUUUUUGGCACAACAUCAGCUCGAUCUCACAAAGUUUGUUUACAACCUCUGAUGGACCAAAGUGUUCUCUUUGUGUGGCAGGUCUGGGGUUUUUUUUUAUGACAUAUACUGUAAGCGAAAGUGAUUCUCAAAAGGCCAUACUUCCAUUUUUUUUAGUUUUGGAUUGGAUCAACUUGCCUUCCAUUUGUUUUUCUACAGUGAGUAAAGCUUUGUUUUGUUUCUGUAUUUCUUGAGUAAUGUUUGUGGAAUUU